AAGUUUUGAUAGAUUCGAGGCAGAAAACACUUUAAAAUGAGAGUUACAACACUUAUUAUUAUAUUUAUUAUUUUUGUUGGACUUUGCUCUCCUGUCUUACCAGCUGAUUUGAGUAAAUAUCUUCCAACAAAUGCACCAUCAUACUUAAAAAACACAGAUGAAAUCGCACCUCUUGCAACGCUUAUGGCAAAAGGAUUUUACGAUUUUACACAAGAAGUCAACAAAUCUUUUACCAAAAUGACUGACUAUUUUAAAUGGUUAUUAAAAAUUGAUUAAAUUCUUUUAAAUUAAAGAAGUUUGUCAAAUAAAUUGUUUAAUUUUG